GGACACGCUUGACAGGCCAUCCUGAAGCGAAGCCAAGAUUAUGCGCCGCGCAGUCCUGGUUCUGAAGGUCCCGAGCUGACGAUGGAGCUCAGCUCGAGAAACGCGCCGAGCGUGGACGCCUUGAUUCAUUCUUGAAAUUUCACCUCGGACAAGAAGCGUCUCCUUCCCCGUUGCGCCGGGGACACCUUCAGGACUCACCGCCACGUUACCAAGCUCUGGUCCCGCAUGGCGCCCAGCGUGAACGUCCACAGUUUCCACGAUGCGGACACCCCGACCACGGGCAGUACCCGUUACGCCAUCAUCGUCUGCGCGUUCGCUUCGCUCGGUGGGUUUUUCUUCGGCUAUGACCAAGGCGUGACCUCGGGGGUGCUGAUUAUGGACUCGUUCUUGAACGACUACUGUGUCGGUUGGCACAAUUUCACCUACGACGACUGCACUCGUUCGUCCUCCGACCUCCCUGGACAAUGGACGACCUUCACCGUUUGGUAUAACAUGGUCUAUAACCUCGGCUGCCUGGUUGGUGCUCUGAUCGGCGGCUACGUCGCUGACAGGUUCGGUCGUCGAGCUACGAUCUUCUCCGCCGGCGUGCUGUUCUGCAUUGGAACGACCUGGGUGUGUCUGAACCCCGCGCAGGACCACACGCUCAUGUACAUUGCGCGUGUCGUGCAGGGCUUCGGUGUCGGUAACUCGUCGUUCUCGCUUCCGCUGUUCGGAUCCGAAAUGGCACCAAAGGAGCUUCGCGCACGUCUGUCCGGCCUGAUGGUGCUCCCGGUCACGUUCGGCCAGUGGCUCGCUAACCUUAUCAAUAUUCUCGUCAUGGACGACAGCAACGGGUGGCGUAUCAGUAACGCUGUGUCGAUGAUUCCUCCGGUGAUCGUCAUGUGCGGCAUCUUCUGCGUACCUGAGAGCCCUCGAUGGACGUACCAACAGAAGGGAAGAGAGGAGGCUGAGGCUGUUUUAAAGCGGUUACGACAGACGGACGACGUACGCCAUGAACUUGAAGCGAUCGGUGACCAAAUUGAUCAGGAGGAGACAGGUAACAAGGGCAUGGCUGGACUAUGGGAGCCGACAGUACGGCGACGUGUGUUUAUCGCGAUGGCGCUGCAGCUCGGCCAGCAGGCGACCGGUAUCAACCCCAUUAUGACGUACGGCUCGCUUAUUUUCAAGGACAUCACGGGUGCCGGUAUCUACGCUUCGCUCCUUCUGAGUGGCGUCAACUGCUUGAGCACCACGCCUGGUUUGAUUUGGCUGGACAAGUACGGACGUCGCUACAUGGCCAUGAUCGGUGCUGUAGGUAUGGUCAUCGGCCACUUGUUCGCUGCUAUUCUGUUCACGGCGAUCUGCGACGGCAACGUCGACGACUCCGGCUGCCCCACCGUCGGCGGCUGGUUUAUUUGCAUUGGCACGGCCUUCUUCGUCUUCAGCUACGCAGUGUCUUGGGGUGCUCUGCCUUGGAUCUACUGCUCGGAGAUUUUCCCCCUCAACGUGCGUGCGUCUGCAGUAUCUGUGGCCACGGCAGCCAACUGGAUCGGUGGUGCCCUCAUGACGGAGGUUGUGAAGCUCUUCCCGUACCUGAACAUCAACGGCGUUUUCUUCAUGUUCGCUGGGCUUGCACUGAUGUGCGGCCUGUUCAUUUACUUCUACUGUCCGGAGACUAAGGGCAUUUUGCUUGAGGACAUCGAAACACUCUUCAGCCGCAGUAACCACACGGCCACGUCGCCGUCUUACGUCGCAGUAAAGACCCCAGUGGCUGCGACCGAAAAGAGCCCAGUCGCCAUGGCUUAACCUGUUCUAGUGUUGCAAGACUGCCGUAUUGAACCCCUAAAGCAAUAUGCGUGUCGUUGUUGUAGUUAGUCGAUACCAGGAGUAGGUGGAGUUAUCUUACACGACAGGCAUCCUGAACUGUUCAUCACUACACCACAAGAAGUACUAUUUGAAAUCAUGUUCAUUGUCAUGCUUGGUUUGGUC